GUUGGAUAAUUCCAGAAGGAGCUUCGCAGUUAGUUCGCUGUAGCAGAUCCCCGUCAGACAGUCCGCUCUGAAUUAUCCGGGACAGGUCUAAUUGAACCGGGACAGGUCUAAUCUAACCUGAAGACCGCUGAGACCAGACUUCUUUCAGCUUUCUUCGUUCAUCAAACACCUUUAGUGUGAUUUAACGCUGCUAAGGUUUAGAUCAGUUUGGUUACCGUGCUAGCUGAGGUGCUAAAAUGUUGAGUGUUGCUAGAACCGUUUCAAGGACUCUCCCGACCGGCAGCUGUGCCCGGAACGUGUCCUCUCUGGUGAAGAAGGCAUGUUGGAGUGGGUUCCAUCCAGACUCUCUCAGAGUUCUGUCCAGGAGGGACUAUGCGUCUGAAGCGGUCAAAGGUGCCGUCAUCGGCAUCGACCUGGGAACCACAAACUCCUGUGUGGCGGUCAUGGAGGGCAAGCAGGCCAAGGUGUUGGAGAAUGCAGAGGGAGCCAGGACCACUCCUUCAGUCAUCGCCUUCACAGCCGAUGGCGAGCGUCUGGUGGGCAUGCCCGCUAAACGCCAGGCUGUCACCAACCCCCAGAACACGCUGUAUGCCACCAAGAGGCUGAUUGGGCGCCGCUUUGAUGACCCCGAGGUGCAGAAAGACCUGAAGAACGUCCCCUACAAGAUCGUCCGUGCGUCUAACGGGGAUGCCUGGGUGGAGGCUCAUGGGAAAAUGUACUCUCCAAGCCAGGCUGGAGCCUUCGUCCUGAUGAAGAUGAAGGAGACUGCAGAGAACUACCUGGGGACUAAAGUGAAGAACGCCGUGGUGACCGUGCCAGCUUACUUCAACGACUCUCAGAGACAGGCCACCAAAGAUGCUGGUCAGAUCGCCGGUCUGAACGUCCUGCGUGUCAUCAACGAGCCGACGGCUGCUGCUCUGGCGUACGGCCUGGACAAAACCCAGGAUAAGAUUAUCGCUGUCUACGAUCUGGGAGGAGGAACCUUCGAUAUCUCAGUCCUGGAGAUCCAGAAAGGGGUUUUUGAGGUGAAGUCCACAAAUGGAGACACCUUCCUGGGAGGAGAGGACUUUGACCAGCACCUCCUCCAACACAUUGUCAAAGAGUUCAAGAGAGAGUCUGGAGUUGAUCUGACCAAAGACAACAUGGAGACCACCUUACAUCUGAGGUCCAGGAGCACACUGUGGUAUCAGUAUCAAGUCCAGGCGUGGUCCAAGAGCAGACUGUAUGUAGUAUCAGUAUCAGGUCCAGGCCUAGUCCUGGACCAGAAACCCUCACAUAGCAGGGUUUCUGGUCCAGGUCCAGGUUCUUGUUGGUUCUUGGUAACAGCUGAAUCAGAGGUGUCCCGUCCUCUCCUCCAGACCGACAUCAACCUACCCUACCUGACCAUGGACGCCUCUGGACCCAAACACCUGAACAUGAAGCUGACCCGGUCUCAGUUUGAGGGCAUCGUGGCCGAUCUGAUCCGCCGUACCGUGGCUCCCUGUCAGAAGGCCAUGCAGGACGCCGAGGUGUCCAAGGGGGACAUUGGAGAGGUUCUUCUGGUUGGAGGAAUGUCCCGCAUGCCAAAGGUCCAGCAGACGGUCCAGGAUCUGUUCGGCCGGGCUCCCAGUAAAUCUGUGAAUCCUGACGAGGCCGUUGCCAUAGGAGCAGCCAUUCAGGGCGGAGUUCUGGCUGGUGAUGUCACUGAUGUCCUGCUGUUGGAUGUGACCCCGCUGUCCCUGGGUAUCGAGACUCUGGGAGGAGUCUUCACUAAACUGAUCAACAGGAACACGACCAUCCCCACCAAGAAGGGCCAGGUGUUCUCCACAGCUGCUGACGGGCAGACUCAGGUGGAGAUCAAGGUGUGUCAGGGUGAGAGAGAGAUGGCGGCAGACAACAAGGUCCUGGGUCAGUUCACUCUGGUGGGAAUCCCCCCCGCCCCCCGUGGCGUUCCUCAGAUCGAGGUCACCUUUGACAUCGACGCCAACGGCAUCGUCCACGUCUCUGCCAAGGACAAGGGCACGGGCCGAGAACAGCAGAUUGUGAUCCAGUCCUCAGGAGGCCUCAGUAAAGACGACAUCGAGAACAUGGUGAAGAACGCUGAGAAGUAUGCCGAGGAGGACAGGAGGAGAAAGGACCGCGUGGAGGCCGUCAACAUGGCCGAGGGCAUCAUCCACGAUACAGAGUCCAAGAUGGAAGAGUUCAAGGACCAGCUUCCUGCUGACGAGUGCACCAAGCUGAAGGAGGAGAUCUCAAAGGUUCGGGAUCUUCUGGCCAACAAAGACUCUGAGACAGGCGAGAACAUCAAACAGGCGGCCAGCACACUGCAGCAGGCGUCGCUUAAGCUCUUCGAAAUGGCUUACAAGAAGAUGGCAGCAGAGCGAGAAGGCAGCAGCAGCAGCUCGGGUUCAUCAGAGGGAGAGAAGAAGGAGGGUCAGCAGUAAACCUUUGCACUUUGUGUCACUGGGUUUCCAUGACAACAGAGGACUGUUGGACUGGGGCGGGGACUAAGGGCAGGGAGGGCGUGGCAGUUUGGAGUGACUAACUGGACCCUGGUCAUUCUCAGCGUGGUAAAUUAUUCUACUGUGUUUUGGCAGUAAAACCCUCUAGUUCAUGUUAAUGUGCUCCUGUGAUAUCCUGUUUAUCUGACUCAGCUGAUCAGAGUUCAUGUUUUUGUCUCAUGUUUUUUUUUUUCUGUUUGACUGGAACAGUCCGGAUUGUUCCUGCAGAGCGAAAGUUCAGACGCUCAUGUAAACCGUCUCUAUGUUAGCUCACAGUCUCGUAGUUCAUGAAGUAUUUAACGUCAGAGGUCCAGGUCAGUCUGACUCUAAACACUGAUGCAGAAUCACAGAGUUUAUUAUUUCAUCAGUUUCACUCUUGUGUAAAAAAACAUCUGCAGCUCUAGAACAGAGAUCUGGUCCUGUCCAGAAGUCCUCUGGAGUUUAAAGCGUUGGUCCAGAGGACUUCAGGAGUCGGCCUUUACUGAUAAUAAGAAAAACUAUAAUAAAUGAAUAAAAUAAUGUCUGUGUGAAUGUGAGGAUGAGGCCAAGCUUCAGGGAGUCUGCUUAGAACGACGCGGGUUCAUACCAGGUGAUCGUGGACGUUUGAAGCUGUACAGCAGAAGACGAGGCCUUAGUCCGUUAGUGAUUCAGACAGCAGGAGCCGCUCUCUCUCUCUCUCUGUGAUUGUUGCUGCAUGGAGGUCUGAUCCAGAUCCUGGUCUGAGGUCCAGACUGAACUGAAAUAAAGAGGAAGGGUUUUUUUCUAAAGGGGCAAGAUUAUAUUAGUGGAGUGAAAAUGGAGGUCAUGAUUAGUGUUUGUCUUUUUCUAAUAAAAAAUCUGAAAUGUGA